CUACUCAACUGAUAGAUAUUGGCAUGUCCCUCAUUUUGAGAAAAUGCUUUACGAUCAAGCGCAAUUGCUGAUGAGCUUUGUUGAUGUUUAUGUGAUAACGAAAGACCAAUAUUUUACUGAGGCUGCACAUGAUAUCGUAACGUAUGUCGAAAGGGAUCUGAGAGAUCCUGAGGGUGGUUUUUAUUCAGCCGAAGAUGCCGAUUCUUAUCCCUCUGAAGGCGCCAAACACAAACUAGGUGAGGGUGCGUUUUGCGUAUGGGAAAUGUCUGAAAUCAAAGAAAUAUUAGGGGAAAAGAACUCGGAGAUUUUCUGCCGGCAUUACGGUGUGAAAUCAAAUGGAAAUGUUGAUCCAAAUAAAGACAUCCAGGGAGAAUUGAAGCAUAAGAACGUCUUAAUUGAGCGAUAUUCGUUAGAAGAAACAGCGGAACAUUUCAGUAUUACAUUAGAUCAAUUGAAAGAGGUUCUUUCAGAAUCUCGGAAGAAACUUUUAAAAUAUCGUUUUGAAAAGAGGCCUAAACCACACCGCGACGAUAAAAUUCUGGCAGCAUGGAAUGGUUUGAUGAUUACUGGUCUUGUGAAAGCUUAUGAUGCGUUACGCGAUAAAAAAUUUUUGGAUCUUGCAGAAGGAGCAGCGAAAUUUUUGAAAGAAAAAAUGUAUAUUCCUGAGAAGAAUAUUUUAUUAAGAAGCUUUAGAGAAGGUGCUGGUGAUGUUGAAGGGUUUGUUGAUGAUUACAGUUACUUGAUUGAAGGAUUACUGCACCUUUACCAAUCCUCCUUUAACGAAUCAUAUCUUGCAUGGGCUAUUGAAUUGCAAGAUAAGCAAAAUCAAUUAUUUUAUGAUGAAAAAUCUGGAGGGUAUUAUAAUGUUAAGGAAGGUACUAAGGAUAUAUUAUUAAGACUGAAAGAUGAUCACGAUGGCGCAGAACCUUCAGCGAACUCUGUCUCGGUCAGCAACUUAAUAUUACUUAGUAACAUCGUCAAUAACCCUGAUUACAACGUUAAAGCAGAACGAACAUUGAAAUAUUUUGCGGGAAGAUUAAACAUGAUGCCGUUUUCAAUGUCUGCAAUGGUUGCAAGUUUAAUGUUACAUAUAAAAGGCGUUAAACAGAUAAUGGUUAUUGGACGUGAACAAAAUCAAAUUGUUCAACAAUUUAUUGAGGUCAUUCGUGAUCAGUUUAUUCCUAAUAAAACUUUACUUUUAGCAAGACCCGAAAAUGAACUCCUACUGGAAAAAAAUGAAAUGGUAAAAGCUAUAGUACAAACAGAAUUUGCUGAUAAUUCAAAGAAAGGAGCAGAGGGCAAUGUUCCAUCG